AUGUCAGCCGCAACAUUGGAAACAAUAUGGAGAAAGCGAAAGGAUGAGCGCUACAAAUUUGACAUGGAAGACAUGCUUGAAUUAAUUGGAAGGAAGAAAGGGGAAGCCAAAAAACAGAAAUAUCGGCAACAGUGCCGUGAUGCCAGCGCCCUAAGUCUCCACCCCGAAGACGAAGUGAUCCUGGCUUACUUGAAAGAAAAGCAGGAACGGAAAAUCAAAGAACUAUUUGGCCAUGAGUAUAAGUUGGAAAGGGAAGUAUGCCCAAAACGUUUCCACCGGACUUGA